AUGGACCACACACCUUCUCCCACAUCAUCCUUUGGGAAGGACCAUAACCACGUACCUCUACAUAAUGAGAAGUCGUCGACGCCUGCAAUCGUUGCCAGCGAGGCCGAUGCUCUCAAGAUCGCCCGAGAGCAGCGCUGGCAAGCCGACCAGUUCAUCGAGAAGAUGGAACAGGAGCUUGACCAUGCCGGCCAAAGCAAGAGGUUCGCGGGCAUCAAGUUUAAGAAUCCCAAGCACUUUACCUGGGUCAUGGUCAUUUUCGCUUCCAUGGGAGGAAUGCUCUUCGGGCUUGACCAAUCUCUAAUUAGUGGUGCUAAUCUAUUCUUGCCUAAUGACCUUGGCUUCACGGUCCGACAAGUCAGUUUGGUCAACUCAAGCAUGCCUCUUGGUGCGGUAGCUGGUGCUUUUCUUCUCUCACCCUCAAACGAGUUCUUCGGUCGCCGCGGUGCGAUCAUUGUAGCUACCAUUCUCUACACUGUUGGAGCAGCCUUGGAGGCUGGUGCAAUCGACUAUGCCAUGAUGGUCACAGCGCGGAUCAUUUUGGGCCUCGGCGUUGGCAUUGAAACCGGCACCGUCCCAAUCUACGUGGCAGAAUCGGUCGAGAGAAGAUUAAGAGGCAAUCUCGUGUCGCUAUACCAGUUCAAUAUCGCACUCGGCGAGGUGUUGGGGUUCGUUGUGGCGGCAAUUUUUCUCAAUGUCAAAGGCAACUGGAGAUACAUUCUUGGCUCAUCUGUGGUUUUCUCCACAGCCAUGUUCAUCGGCAUGCUUUUCUUGCCCGAAAGCCCACGCUUCCUGAUGCACAAAGGCCGGACUGUCGAUGCAUUUCGCGUUUGGAAACAAAUUCGUGGGGUUGCCACAUAUGAUUCACGAGCAGAGUUCUUUGUCAUGAAGGCUACUGUUGACGAAGAGAUCAGAAAUCUGCAAAACCACGGCGCCGGAGUGCGCUUUGUCUGGAUGGACUUCUUCACCGAACCUCGGGCUCGACGUGCGCUCGUCUAUGCCAAUGUCAUGAUUCUCCUUGGCCAAUUCGUCGGAAUCAAUGGUAUUAUGUACUACAUGAGUGUUCUAAUGAGUCAGGUUGGUUUUGAUGAAGCUCAAAGCACGUACAUGUCGAUGGUGGGAGGUGGUGCCCUGUUCUUGGGUACUAUUCCUGCCAUCCUCCUGAUGGAGCGUUGCGGCCGUCGCUUCUGGGCCAUGACUAUGCUGCCUGGAUUUUUCAUUGGCUUGGUCAUCGUCGGCAUCAGCUACCUAUUCGACGUUAACACCCACCCAGGCACGACUGAAGGUCUCUAUCUCACGGGCCUGAUCAUCUACAUGGGCUUCUAUGGUCCGUAUGCAUGUCUAACAUGGGUCAUUCCAUCCGAAGUCUACCCUACAUAUUUGCGAAGCUACGGCAUGACAACAUCCGACGCCAUGGUUUUCUUGGGCUCAUUCAUCAUCACCUAUAAUUUCAGUGCAAUGCAGGAGGCAUUCACUAAGACCGGUCUGACCCUGGGAUUUUUUGGCGGCAUUGCUGUCUUGGGCUGGUUCUACCAGAUUCUUUUCAUGCCAGAGACCAAAGAUAUGACUCUCGAGGAAAUUGAUGUUGUGUUCUCGAAGCCAACUAAGCAGCUGGUGGCCGAAAACAUUGCGAGCACACGCAGAACGGCUUCCAACUUGGUUCGUUUCCGAUUCAGGGAGGCUUUCCCCGGAUUUUACAACCGCAGGAGUGAAUAA